UAAUUGUUUAAAGACCGAAGUGCCCUCAUCUUGCUUGCUUCUCAGUUCUCCUCCCGCAAGAGUACUAAAGUUUCUGAGUUUCACCAAUUAUUAUUUGGGCUCUGUUAAUUCGUUUUAUCAAAGUUUCCUUGGUCAUACCGGGCGGAUCUCUCUCUCUCUCUCUCUUAGAGUUAUCGAAACUCAAUUUCAUUUUUCAAAAUCUGAGAACGGGGGAGGGGGAAAUGAGAUAUAGCAUGUAGUAUUGUAAUAUCUGAUUUUUAUGCUUUUUUCCUCUGUUUCUUUGUAUGCUUUUUUCACUGUUGAAGGUGAUUAAUCAUUGCCGACAUAAAGACUUACUAAGCUUCCACUGUGGGAAUGGGCCCUCAACCCUUGUUCCGUCUUCAAUUUCUAGAAGAACCUAGUGAAUCACCUUGCUCGUUCCACCCUCAGUCUGGGAAUGGGCGAGCUGACAUGAAGACUGGAUGCUUUCCUUUAGUUGGCACCUUUGAAAGAAAAGCUUGCAAGGCAUAUACCGGGGAAAAAUAUUAAUGUCUUAAGAACUCAAUUCAAACUUCUAUUUCAUAAAAUUAUGCAACCAUGAGUCCAAGUGGGUAUACAGUGGAAGUUACAAGUUUGUCUCCCAAUGCAACAGAGAAAGAUGUUUAUGAUUUCUUUGCUUUCUCUGGUACAAUAGAACAUGUUGAAAUUGUCAGAUCUGGACAAUAUGCUUGCACUGCCUAUGUGACAUUUAAAGAUGUUCAUGCCCUGGAAACUGCCGUUUUGCUCAGUGGUGCCACAAUUGUAGAUCAACCUGUAUGCAUAACUCGCUGGGGUCAGUAUGAAGAUGAAUUUGAUCUUUGGAGUAGGCCUUCACGGAAGCUAGAAGAUGAAAUAGGUUCAAUGCAGGCAGCACAUGAAAGUCGCUUUGUCUCCACUCCGGCAGAGGCAGUAACGAUGGCUCAAGAAGUAGUGAAAACCAUGCUAGCAAAAGGAUAUAUAUUGGGGAAAGAUGCAUUGAGCAGGGCCAGAGCCUUUGAUGAGUCCCAUCAAGUGUCAGCUUCAGCGGCAGCCAAGGUCUCCGAGUUGAGUAAGAGAAUUGGACUCACUGAUAAGAUUUGUGCAGGUGUUGAUGCUGUUAAGUCGGUGGAUGAAAAAUACCAUGUAUCAGAGACUACUCGGUCAGCCCUUGCUGCAACAGGGAGAACGGCUACAGCAGCUGCUAAUACUGUGAUCAACAGUAGCUAUUUUUCCAAGGGAGCUCUUUGGGUGUCGGAUGCUCUUAGUCGGGCAGCAAAAGUUGCAGCUGAUUUAGGUGGUCGUGGUAGUAAAAACUGAAAGAUGUAUGCAUUUAUAUCGUAGUAAAUAUAUUUGAUGAUGUGUCAAGUGUUACUGCGUGGUCUCUCUUGGUUUAUGUCAUUAGUUGGAUACUUCUGGUUUGCAGCUUUGCUGGUUUGAACUUUGAAGUUUAGCAAUUAUAAUUUAUAACCACUGGAUACUGGGUACCGGGCCCACUUACCACCA